UAUACGGCCAAGACCCGCACAUGCGCGUUGCGACGAUCAACAUUACGCGCACAACCCACCCAGCCCCAAGCUAAACACUUCAUCCAACAUUUUUCUGAAAUCCAUGAAUGAAACAACGUAAGCAGUAAUGGGGAACCAAUUCAAAAACGUGGCGGUGAUAGCCUGCCUGAAAACCUUUCUGUUCAUCUUCAACAUCGUGUUCUGGUUAUCAGGCCUGCUGCUACUGAUAGUGGGGCUAUGGGCGGAAUUCGACCUGUACAAGUACAUGCAGCUAUCGUCCGAGUUCUCCGGCACCGCGCCGCACGCCAUGAUCGCCAUCGCCGGGCUCAUCGUGCUGGUCAGCUCCGUCGCCUUCACCUGUAUCAUCAAGGGGCAGCCCGUGCUGCUGUACAUCUACGGCGGUUUCCUGGCCUGUAUCUUCAUGAUGGACGCAGGCGUGGGUGCAUCGGUGGCGUGCUACCGCGACACCUUCUCCAAGGGCCUGUACGACGGCCUCACGCAGACGCUCGUGUCCGGCGACCGACACCGAGGCAACUUUGACUUGGCUCAAGCUACUCUACAUUGCUGCGGCGUGUCUAACUACACGGACUGGGUGCGCGUGCAGCGCUCCAUCCCUCGGUCGUGCUGCGUCAACCCCGACGAUUGCAUCACUGCCAACUAUAGCCACGUAUAUCAAGCGGGCUGCUACAAAGUAAUCGUAGAAUAUCUCGAAAGCAACAUGAGCAUCCUGAUUGGCAUCGCAAUCGGCACCGCACUGUUUCCACUGGUCGGCACCGUCCUGUCGUGCUGCCUCGCGAGUUACAUCAAGAAAUCUAAGUAUGACGCCAUGAACUGAGCGCUACGGCAUGCACCUGUGGGGACAACCGACGCGAGAUUCUAAGUAUUAAAAUGCUGGUUUCCAGCUCAUACUGCACUUUGCGUCGUAGAGAAAUCCCCAGCCUUUCUGUACAAUGCAACAUACUAAGGUACAGCGUGAGCGGAGACCAACGCCUAAACAAUGGACUGAAUGAUUAUAUACUCAAUUAAUAUUAGAAUUA